AUGACAAGUCGAGGUCCCCUAACCGCCUACCUGCUAGCAAGCACCCCCAAUGCGCUCAAGCGCGCAACAACCCACCCCUUCCUCGCCUCCGCUGGCCGCGGCACCCUCCCAAAAUCCCAACUAAGCCAAUGGCUCUCUCAAGACCGACUCUACGCGCAAUCCUACAUCCGCUUCAUAGGCCUCCUCCUCUCCAAAAUCCGCCUUCCAACCCAAAACCCAACAUCACCAGGCCCACACCUCCCAACCCCAGAGCACAACGCCAUAACCGUCCUCAUCGACGCGCUCGUCAACAUCCGCAGAGAACUCGAAUUCUUCGAGAGAACAGCAAAUGACUACGGCCUAGAUCUAACGGCUAUCUCCGCCGAAGAAGGCGGCUGCACACUCACAUCUUGCGGCUUAGGCUCGGAUAUUACCACUUCCGUUGGUAUAACCACCACCGGCUCUGGAAGCUGUCCCGGCAUCACGGGCGGCGAGGACGAAGAUCCGCAAGAGAACGAGAAUGGGAGCGGGGACCUGUGUGUUCCAUCGCCGGACAAGACCAGCAGCGCGCCCGGCCACGGUCUAUGUGCGAGCCAGGGAGAAUGCCAGAUGCCGUCUGGCGGGGGAGUUUGUGCGCCUGGGCAGCAGUUCAAUGAGUCUGGACGGGGCGUGGAGCCUUCUGCGGUUGGUGGGGAUGUGGGGGGGAAAGUAGGUGUGCAGGGUGGUGGUGAGCGGUGUGGGACUAUUUUCUUCUGUGCGAGUCGGACAACUAGGGCUUAUAUUGAUAUGUUUAUGUCUGCUGGGAGUAGUGGGGUUUCGAUUUUGGAGGGGUUGGCGGUGUUGUGGGCUACGGAGGUUUGCUAUUUGAAAUCUUGGAGGUUUGCGGCGGGGUGUAUGCGGGAGGAUGGGGAGAGGGAUUAUAAGAAGGAUGCUGAUGGGGGUGCUUUGAGGGAGAAGUUUAUUGAGAAUUGGGCGAGUGUUGAGUUUGAGGGGUUUGUUGAUCGGAUUGGGGAUGUUGUUGAUGAGAUGGCGGGGCAGAUCAAGGGUGCGGAGGAGUUGGAGAUUACGCGGGGAAGAUGUUUGGAGUGGUGGAGGCAGAUUGUUUGGUUGGAGGAGAGUUUUUGGCCGGGUGUUGCUGAAUGA